AUGCCUUCGGUCGUGUGGAACUAUUUUGCGAAAACGGAGGCCGGCCCUAAAUGCCUUCUUUGUUCUGACCUCCGACGGCGUCGAGAUUCCAGUACCAAGACAAUGUGGGUCCAUUUGAAAUUAAAACAUUUUGAUGUGUAUCAAGCAUUGAGAGGACAGAGCGAUCGGAAUACGGUAAGAAGAGAUUUUCUAAUUUCCUUUUAUUAGUACGAUUAAUUAGAGUCUAAUUAUUACAUCAACAAAUAUCCCGCUAGAAAGGCUGUGGAUAUCCGAACUUCCCUGAGGAUAUUGGUGCCUUUAAUGAACAAUUAUUAUUUUAAUAUUAGAUGCAUAGGAUGAUUAAUAAAAUAAAAUGAACUCUCGUGUUCUAAAGUUUUACGUUGCAUUAACGGUUCUGAUUAACAGAUCAGAUUAGUUUGCAUGACUUUUCCAAGCACUUUCUGACUUCGGCUGCUCUUUACAAAAUUUAUGGUUCUAAAUCCACGUAUACUUUAUGCCUUUUUUAGCCGCCGUAAUCCCGCUUCUCAGAUUGUUUUGGCACGUUUACAUCCGUUGUGAAUAGAGCUUUACAAUUAUUGUCUCGAAAUAUAUUAUUAGUGUCCUAGAAAGAAGACUGUCCCCUUUCACGAACAAAGUUUCGUUAUAUGUUAUUUCUUUUCGCGAGGAUUUGAAGAAAUUCACACGAAGCCUAAAUAUAGAGGGAUUACGGUACCAUGAUGGAUUUAGCCCUUUAUUUCCCCGGGUCCUUUGCAAAACUCCGAAUUCGGGAGUCUUGACAAUUAAUCGGCUCAAAACUCUUAAUCUGUAAAAGGUUCGAUGAAGCUUUUUUUGUGGUUAAUGUCAGCAAAUAAUCCGCGUAUUACGAAAACCCUGCCCGUGAAAAGAUUAAUGGACGUGCCUGCAGAUAUUUUGGGAGUCUUUGUGUCAGUCUUCUUUGGUCUAGAUCCAUAAAUGUCAUGGUGUCAUUCGAUUGGAUAGACUAAAGAGUUUGGCCUUUUUAAUGCACUAUUUAGUCACUUUGACGCUCAUUCACAGGGAUUAUUGCAGGCCAGAUUUGGAAUGGAUACAGCAAUGACAAAGCCCUCCAGCUCCUUAUCUACACCAUCCCCAGACAACUCCAAAAGUAAUAUCUCUUCGAAUCCACCAUUACUUCCGUUCGCUCCGUUCUUUGAACAACAAGCCGUCCCUGUCAAUAAUGUAGUCUUGCAGUCAUACAUCCAAUUGAUCAAGGUGUUCAACGCUUCUCGACAGUUCUCGGCCAUCCAGAAUAAUCAAACAGAUCAUGAACCAGAAGAAGAGGAGAAGAAACCGGACAUUAAAAAUAUCCAGAACAGAUACGAUCUCGUCUCUCAUUGGCCUGAACGAUCGCAUCAAGCCUGUUGUGUGGGCUGCAAAAACGAUACGGGAAUCAGCUGCAACAAAUGCAACGUUGGGCUGUGUGUGGACUGCUUCAAGACCUUCCACUUGCCCUCUUAA